AUGUUGGGGGUUUUUAGUAUUUUUAUAUUGUUUGUUUUGGUUUUUUUUGNUUUUUUUUUAGUGGUUGUUUUUCACCUGUUUGUUUGGAAUUUGGAUUUGAAUAUUUUUAGUGGAGAGCGGGCGUGGGUUAGUUCUUUUGAAUGUGGUUUUAUUGCUCAGCGUUUGGUUGAGAAUUAUUUUAGUUACACUUAUUUUAUUUUGCUUGUCUUUUUUGUGGUCUUUGAUUUAGAGGUGUCGUUAUUAUUAAAACUGCCUCUUCAAGGCAUUUUGUAUAAGAAUCUUUUUUAUUAUUUGUUUUUUUUGGUUUUAUUGGGUGUGGGGUUUGGAAUGGAGAUUAGUCGUGGUUAUGUUCGAUGA